GUCGGUGUGCACAAACGUGACGGAAGGUAAAGUAGAACUGCUGUCUUGCUGCGCCUGUCCCCUCCAAUCAGACUGCCACUGAGCACCAUAACCCCGGGGGAUGUCCGUUCAGUUACAUAAUCUACAGGCAAUCAGAAACGUUAAGAAACCCAGGUCAACCCAGGGAUAUAAAGAAUUCUGUGAAAGUCCGUCGUCGACCUGAAGCCAGUCCGUAAGGAAUUUCUGGGAAUUGGAGGUACAUCCUCCCGAUCAAGUCCCUCCAGGAACUCGGCUUAUUCCCGAUUGAAAAUCGAAGGUGAAUCUGUCCUCACUGCAUGAAUUUGCAACUUGCAGACGACCAUGAGAAACGAAAAUCUUCCCGAAGAUUAAAGGACCAAAGUACAAACCUGAUUUCGUCGAUCUGUGCUCAAUCCAUGAUGGAAGAAACAAAUGUUCUGUUUCUUUUUUAUUAAAUUAUGAGCAGCUAAGGACUUGAACGGGGGACUAAUUUCAACCCUCUGCUCUAUUUGCCUGCACUGUAAAAGCUGAACUUUCUUAAUAAAAAAAAUACAAAUCUUCAGGAAACAGCUUAUCGCAGGGGUACACAUUGGCAGGAAAUCAAACACAAUCAAACUCCGUUCCAAGGGAGAGUCGCUCUGCCAGACUCCCUUCCCCUGCACAAAAUGAUUCCUCAAAUCAGCCACACCGGUGACCGUCCGCUGACACUGUCAGCAGAAGUUUAACACUGGUUCUGAAGUUCGGAGGGGUUUGGGAGACGGGUCAGGCGAUAUUUAGACGCUGCUGCAUGCGAGGCGAUGCAAGGAAAGUGGGCAUGCUGCCAGGACUGUGAAGCGAAUUCGGCUACGCCAGAUGUUGUCAGGAUCUAGCAACUGGAAUCUUUCACAGUCAUUUAACAUGAAGCCAACCCCCUGCCCCACGCCCGUCUCUUCUUUCACUUCGUUUUUUUUAAGUGACUGCCUUUCCACAGCUUGCUGCUGCUUCGUGCCACUUACAUCAUAGCGAGACCGACAAGGACGCUUAGAACAAGUGACUUCAAAUAUCUAAAAGAGAAACUGCAGCAGAAGAGUGCGGGAUCCGGGGCAGGAAUUCUCCAGCGGAGCAGAAAGCUUAAUGCAAAUUCCACCCCGGUUUGGUGCAGGUCCGCAGCACUGCAAGAAAGGGAUAUCGUGCUUUUUUAAAAAAAAACAUAUAUGUAUCGGUAAAGAACGGGUUCAUAAUUUAAGUUUGCAGUCUGCUUGGCGUUCAGCAAGAAGAAAGCUGUCUCUUUUUUAAAAAAAGAAUGCUGCAAUAAAUUAUGGUGAUGCGGUGAAAGUCUUUGCAGUUCAGUUGCUGGGGUCGUGAGGAUCGAACCGGAACGUGGACACUGCGCUUGACACCGCGCUGGCUCGGGACUUUGCUCGGGGACUGCGCUUGGAAAAAUAAAGAGGGAUUAGAGGCGACCUCAGCGCCAUUCAUCUGAGAGAGAGAGAGAGAGAGGAGGGUUCUCAACUCUGUUCUGACGUGGCAUUUUUCCUUUACAUUUCCUUCUCUUCUCCAAUCUGUCAUCCUUAAGACCACCACCACCCCCUCCGAACCAACCUCCCACUUGUCGAGAGAUUUCAUCCUGAGCUCGACAACUGGAGUAACACCUGGAAAUCCUUUCCAUCCUCCCCCACCCCACCACCCCUCUCCUGAACGCACGAUGGGGCGCUUCCCUCAUGGUUACUUUUUGUGGGAGCUGCAGGUACGGAAAGCCCCAGGAGGACCCGCUUCCAGUUAAAUCCCGGGUCGCUACCCCGGGGCCUUCACCUCUUUCCCCGAAUCUCCACCAAAAACUGUGAACUGCCGUAGUCCCUCCCCAACCCCAGCCCAGCCUCCCACUACCAAUCCCGGGCCAAUCCCCCUCCCCAAACUCUCCAAAAGUAGGUUGAAAUAUAUCCAACUUUCCAGCCUGAUUGAAGUGAAUCGGCCGGAAUUGGGUUUCGCCUCGCCCACCUCCCUACCACGUCCACCCCCACCCAAUGCUCUCAGACAGGACGAUGGCCUCUGAUGUGAAGAAGGUCGUGAAGAGCGAGAAAGUGGACGAGGCUCAGGCGAUGGCUCGGAACUGCGCGGGAAGGCCGGACUUCCAGCCCUGUGACAGCCUCUCGAUCUGUGCCACCCACAGCCAUGGCAAAUGCUUCAGACGGCACUGGUGCUGUCAUUUGGGAUGGUGUCACUGUAGAUAUAUUUACCAGCCCAUGACUCAUGUAGAACUCCUACCAAGCACUUCAAUCCCAGUCAGCUCGAACGGCCAUGCAGACACAGUCCAGUUGUCCAUAUCCCUGGUGGAACGUUUCCUAAAGACUGCUUCUUUCCUCAGGCCUCCGUUUGCACCAGAUACACCGAGGUACUGCACUAUUUCCAAACUGUUUGUUGACAGCUAUCGGGUCAAAAGGAUCAAUGGCAAGAUGUGUUAUGUCCAGUGCCAGCCUCAUCCAGGUCCUACUCUGCCUGAUCCGAAGGUUGGAGAUAACUUUAACCAGGAUACUUCAGUCAGUCCAAAGGAUCCAACCCUGGCAGACAAGGUACCAGCACCACAAAUGAAUCACUGUUCUUCACCAUCUGCCUCGGAGGAUUCUGGCAUAAAUGCAUUAGGAUUGCACUGCCCAGAAUCAGGUGAUGAAGACACAGAGGAAGAUGAGGAUGAAGAUGAGUUGAGUACAGAUGAUGACUCUAGUCCAGAGAGCCAAUGGGAUCAGGAUGAUUGCAGUUUACUUUCUCCUUCACGAUCCACUGUGGAAAUUAUUGAGAAAAUUGAAACAACUGUCUGAGCAUAAGCAGUGAGAAAGGAUUUCAAUCGCUUCUUCAACAAUGCCUGGUGAAACAAGCUCAAAUAGAACUUGCAGAUUCCAAUAUAAAUUAAUCCUCACUAUUUCAUGUGUUGAAAUAGCCAGAAGUAUAGGAACUGUUCAAGCUUUUGUUUUCAGUUAUGAGAUGGACAAUUAAAACGUAGCACAUGCAGACUGUACAACAACAACUACGGUGCCUACCCCAAUGAAGUUUUAGGCCAUCGUCCAAAAUAACCAGAACCUUUCAAGUUACCAAGCACAAUAGCCAAGCUCACAAUCUUUUAGCCAAUGCUUUGGCAAUUGGGUCGUCAUUUGAAACCAUCAGAUGGGAGUACUUUUGACCGCAAAGGAGCUCUUCCACAAGACCAAGCUAUCAUCCUUUUUUGUCAUGAGGGGGGUUGGUGAGAUUUAGAAGGGGAGCUGGGUUGUGUUAUGUGAGGUAAGAGAAUAGCAAAUAGCAAAUAGGUAAUGUAUAGAUUGUCAGAAUCCUUGCUAAUUACCAGAAUCAUUACACAACAAAGCACAUUAAAGAAUUCAGCACUUUUUUCUUGAGUCAAAGAUCCAGGAAGAGGUUUGAGGCCUGGGGCCUAGAGGUUUUGUUGUGUAUCAAGUAAGGUGACAUGUUCGCCUCAAUAAUCUGUAGGUAUUUUGCGAAAUGAAUUACAUUAACCCUUGCAUGGAAGUGUGCUUUCAAUUCUGAGUUGCCAUGUGAAAUCUGUAAUCUGAUUAUCUCAAUGAUAAAAUAAUCAUUUUUACAGAGGGUUACAUGUUACUAGAAUAGAUAUUUCCAUGUGACAUUAUUUGACUUGUUCUUUGCUGUUUUACAUUUAAAAAGAACAUUAAUUAAGUUAGUGGGGCAGAAUUUUCUCAAUCAUACUGAGUCCUCCUAAACGAGAAGCAUCAAAGUGUUUGAUCUAUAAUUUCUGAUAGAGAUAGUGUACAAUAACGGACAAUUAUAUGGGGAAUGUAAGGUUAACAUUGCUCCAUUAGUUCCUUUAUUUGAAUGUACAUUAAAUUAUAGACAAAUGGAAUCUAUGACGAAUUAAAUGUACUAAGAAUGUUUAAAAGAUUGUGGCACAUCCUUCUGUUUCUGUCUCAAGCGUGUUCAAAAUAGUUGAUUAAUCACUGACUUUUUCUAUUUUCCCCAUCCAUUUGAAAUCAAUGGCCAAAUCUGACUAAAGCCACCAGGUAGAAAAAUCAUAGUGCCUAACAGUUCCACUAGGAUGUUAAAAAGAUAAUUGAGUGAAAUGUUGCCAACGUGCCAAAAGAGGAUGUUCUGUAGACCCUCUCCUCCUUAUGUAAAUUUCAGUGGAUUGCCUGACACGACACAAAGGGUGCAAGAGAAAAAGUAAUUCACUUGGUGUGUUAGAACUAUGAGCUUUACUGUUAACAUUUGGGUUCUCCAUACUGCAGUAGACUUUAAGGUUAGAUGCAUAGCUUCUGAUUAAAUUCCGCAAAUUUUCUGAUCCCUACUACAGUCCUUGAUCACAGCAUAUUAGUGACAUAGCUAAGCAUUAUUCAACAAUAUGUAUGAACAUUUACUUCAUCAAGGCGAGAAAAGUAAAUUCUGGUUUGAAUGCUCACAAUAAGUGUUCACAUAUGUUAGCACAUGAGACAAUGUACGAUUUUAAUGUAUACAUGACUAUCUGGCUUUGUCCAAUGUUGUCAGAAGCAGAGAUAUUCCUGCUUUAAUGUUGUCUCAACAUGACAUGAAAGAAGCACUUUUAACAACGUAUUUAUUCAAACAUAGCCUAGAAUUCUAAUGUUAGCACUAAUAGAUAAAGCCAUAAAAAGAACAACAGCAUCUUAGUUUUACUAAAUGGGCUAUAAAACAGUAAAAAGUUAUCAAUAAUGGUUAUAGAAGGUGAUGGCUCAGAUAUUUAAAUGGAGAAUAAAGAAAAAUGUUUUAAAAACAACAGCCUAAUUAGUGGAACAUCCGAGCUGUGCAACAUUAAAAAUUGGCAGUAACUAUGAAAAUCUAGUACAAUUUCAAAAGUAUAAAUGAAUGAUGAGCAUGCAUUACCAAUUUAUACAGAUCCAAGCUCAGUGAUUUUGCAGUAAAUAACUCUUUUAUUUAGUUUUCAAGCUUAACUUCUCUUAUCAGCGAUACUUGGUCUCCCACAGAAUAGUUAGUGCAGCAAGAGUCCAUUUGGCCCAUCGUGUCUGCACCAGCUCUGAGAUAUUUGGUUUAAUGCAUCAAUUUCCCAAUAACCAGCACAUUGCUUCUAUUUGUUACUACCUUCUAACAGUCAGGAACACAGUAGGCAGGAUCUUAAACAUCCCGUGAUCCUUUGAUUAUGGUGGGUGCAUUUUAGCAUUUAAAGUUGCAUUUAACUAUAAAUGACAAAAAUGUUGAAUUUACCUGGGUGUCAUCAUUAGGUCUUUCAGAAAAUUCUGGAAGCAAACUAAAAGUCAUUUUUAAAAUAAAUAUAAAUGUAAUUAAAAUGUAAAAGGAGUAUUACAGAUACAGUGUUAUAAAUAGGAUUCAGUGUAAGGAGAAAACAAUCGCAGCAUCAGAAGAAUGGUAAAAAUGAAUGUAUCUUUACAACAUAGUAGGUUUGUGUUACCCAUAUAGAUCUCAAUCACUGAUUCUGGGCUUAUUAUUCUUUUAUAGAAGAUUAUAAAGUAGCAUGUUAAAUGGUGGGCUUCAACGAGCCCAUGUCUGAAUGAAUUCAUAAAGACAAGAAAAUGUGAAUAUUUGAAUAUUCUGUUCAUUGCCCCUUCUAGCCAUUUUUUUUGAGAUAAUGCUUCAUUUGUGGACAGUCUCUGGCAAGUUAAAACAUUACCACAGCAAUCAUGUGAAAGCUAUUUUGAAAAGAUCUUCAACAAGUCACAUUGAUCCAUCUUUUUCAAGCCUGGUACAAAUGUUCCAAAUCUGAAGAAAAAUCUUCUGAGUCCUCUCUCUCAGUUGGCAUGAAAUUUCAUAUCAAUGUAAUUUUUCAGAAGGAAGAGCCCAUUGAGUAUUCUCAGAAAAGAUUGUGAAAACAGCCACCAUUUUGUGAUAAUGCCGAAAGUGAUGAACCUUCAAAAAAGCCAAUAAUUUCAUUGAAUUGGGAUUCGCAAAGGAACGUUUAAGACCAGGUUAUGAAAAUGAUUUCCAAGUAUCUUUUCAUUAAUUCUGUCCUUUCAAUGCUUUUACUGUAGCCCGGAAUUGAAUUCUUAUUCCCUAAAAUUGCAAUAGAAUAGUUUUCAUAUGAUCUUCAAAAUUAAUAAUUUCCCUUGUUGCAUUUGUCACAGAUAACAAAUAGCAGCACGAUUAUCAUAUUAUUUAUAAAUCCUCUAGUGGUAAUUUAAUUUUCACUUGUAGGUUGGACCCAAUUCUCCCUCCUUUUUCCUUUUCACCCUAUGCAUACAUUCAGUUGUCUUAUGCUUUCUGGCUCAGAGGGAUGGUCACUGACCAAUUCCUGGUUUCAAUUACAGUAUUGGCUCCCUGCCUAUAAUUGGUUUCCAAGAGUUAUUUUAAGUUUUUCAAAGCAAUAUGCUCAUGCAUCUCCAAGAAGAAAUGCCUGGUUCUUUUCUCCAACAAUCCAACAUCAUCUAAGGAUGUAUGGAAAUAAAUCCUCCUCAAUUCCUAUUCUCAAUACUGAGUAUUUAUGUACCAACUGUGAAGGUACUGAGUUCUCCCGCUAUCUGAUCUAUAACAAGAGCCACUUUUUGCCACUAUCUGUUGCCACUGAGCUUUUUACAGAUCAAAUAAAUUUGAACUAAGUAUGAGUAUCCUGUUCAUUUCUCUCACGUUCUGUGCAUUGCAAUAUGGAAACCAACCUGCAGAGUGUUGGUCUAGAUCAUUUUCAAAAAGGAAGAUGCCAGGAAGACUUAGUUUAUAUCCAGUGAUCGGAAGAUUAAAAAAGGGCAACAAUGAGCCAUUCCAAAAUUGCAAACGUUUUGGUGCUGGACAAAUUUUGAUGCCGAUUUUUAAGAAGUUGUUCCAUAUUUCACAACUGCUAGUGAAGAGUGUAUUAUUUAAUGGAUAGGCCUGCAACUGGAGAUAGUUUAUCCAGAGGUCUAUACAAUCUUCACUGCAGAAAGAAGAUUUUGGUUAUGAUUUAAUGUGGUUUGCUCUGUAUGUCAUUAACCUAUGUACCCUGUUUGAUUCCAAUAAAAAAAUCUUUUAUCGCCUU